CACCGGGGGAAUGAGUCGGGCUGGGACUGCCGCCCGCGAGCAGGACACGCCGAGUGCCGAGCAGGAGAGAGCGUCGCUGGCAGUCCCUAGCGCAGUAAUAAUCGAUUGGCACUUCGCAUUAUUUUUUUCCAUCUGGAGUGAGUGAAAUCAGAGGCCUUGAGUGGAUCCUUCUUUUCAGUAAACUAACUUGCUACAUUUGAAGAAGCUAUCGAACAGUACAUCAUCAGGUCUAAAGUGACCCAACUAACUCCCAGGCAGUGCUGAAACCAUGAGCAAUAAUGGAACAGACUUGACCGUUGGUUACAUCUCCUCUGCCAUAGCUAUCCUUUUGUUUGGCUCCAACUUUGUGCCACUUAAAAAAUAUGAUACUGGUGAUGGAAUGUUUCUCCAGUGGGUACUUUGUGCUGCCAUCUGGUUGGUGGCCCUGGUGGUCAAUCUGAUACUACAGUGCCCUAAGUUUUGGCCUUUUGCAAUGGUUGGGGGCUGCAUUUGGGCCACAGGGAACAUUACUGUCGUCCCAAUUAUCAAAACCAUUGGUUUAGGCCUUGGAAUCUUAAUCUGGGGAUCAUUUAACUCCUUGAUGGGCUGGGCAAGCUCAAGGUUCGGCUGGUUUGGACUGGAUGCAGAAGAAGUAUCAAAACCUCUGCUAAAUUACUUCGGCGCUGGGCUCUCAAUAGUAAGUACUUUCAUAUUUUUGUUCAUCAAAAGUGAAAUACCAAGUAACACGUGUUCCAUGGACACCACACCAUUAAUGACAGAGCAUGUAGUCAAGGAAUCCCAAGAUCCCUGUUCCUGGGUGGAUAAACUUUCGAAAGUACACUACCGUUUGGUGGGCUGCAGUCUUGCAGUGAUAUCUGGAGUUCUCUAUGGGUCUACAUUUGUGCCAAUCAUUUAUAUCAAGGACCACAGCAAAAGAAAUGACAGUGUGUACGCUGGGGGUCCAGGAUUAAUAGCUGCAUUGUGGGGUGUCUUCAUGUUUAAGGAAAUACAGGGUCUACGAAACUACCUAUUAAUGAUGCUUGCAUUUUGCAUCAUCUUGACUGGAGCACUGUGCACUGCUUUUUCUAAACUCUAACCAUCACUGGACCAGCAGGUGGCAGCAGUGAUUCAGGGACUACCUCUAUGGGACACCAGCGAAAGCAAGCUGAGAACAGAGUUCAUUUUCCUAACAGCAAAUGGGUCUCAACCGCUCUUGCAAUGGGCAAAUGAUUUUUUUUCUCCCACAAAUGUGAGAAGAAAAACUGAGUUUCGGUCAAGAUAAAUAUGAAAAAUUCUGAAUGUUCAUGAAGGUAGGAUUUCUCUAAGUGACCAAAAGUUCUCCAUUGCAUUAAUAAUAAUACCAGUACAUCUGAGGGUGCUCUUUUUUUACCAUAAUGUGUGCCUCACAUUUUAUAAUCUAGAAAAACAGUGUGGAGUUUUUAUACAAAGAAUUUACGGUGCAAAUUUCUAAUUUAUUAUCCUCAAUAAUGAAGUGAAGCAGAAACACUUUGUAAGGGGGAGGGGGAAGAAAAGUUACUCUAUAAUGGAAUUAAACUCCAAAGAUGUCUGGACCGUUUGCUAGAUCAAGUAAAUGUCACAACUGGUAACUAAAAGUUAAAAAAC